AUGGCUUCCCUACGAACAGCAUUCGGUGCCUUGCUCCGACCACGAUCCUCCACUCCCAUCGUCGUCGCAACCCGAGCCUUUACUUCUUCCGCCUCCGUGCGAUCGACCUCCCCGUCAGAACCGUCGACGACGACCGGAGCAGCCGCACCACCCGCUUCUGAGGCCAAGUCCGGCUCUCACGGUGCAUCUUACCAAUCCCAAGUGCUCAACCAAGCCACCCAACGCCUCAAAUCCCAUCCCACCCCAGGCAAGUCCGCCAACCCGAACCUGCGCGGCCCUUCCUUCCCUUCGACCCGAGCGCCUUCCUCCUCUCGUAACCGAGCACCCGCGAGCGACCUCUACGAUUGGAGCCGAGCGAUGAGAUCUACCCCGAUCCCACGAACACUCCAACCCGAACCCCAACAAUCACCCGAAGAGAUUUGGGCCUCGACCAAUCCCAUUGGGUACACCCUCCCCGUCACCACUACGACCGCCCGUUCGAUCCCCGUAAGGAAACGGGAUGUCGCCCGAGCGUAUCGCGCACUGAAUCGGAUCUUGAAUCAGAACAACGUGAGGAAGGAACUCAGGAGGCAGGAGAGGUUCGAAGGGCCGAGCGAUAAGAGGGUUAGGUUGGAUAGUGAGAGGCAUAGGAGGAGGUUCCAGGUCGAGGUGGGCAAGCAGGUCGGAAAGGCGAUGAGGUUGAGGCAGAGGAUCUAA